UGUUAACCAUGGAGCUGGAGUAAACUGCUCCUAUAUUUUUAUCUUAUAGGCCAGUUUAACAACAAUUUACAGUAUUCUAGGCAAAUCGACAACUUUUAAAUGAGUAGUGACAGAAGAAAGGGAAGGAGGAGUAAACCACGUGGGGAAGUAAGAAAGUCUGUUGCCUAUUUUGAGAAAUCAGACAGCACGGUAGUAGUUUGCUGUAAAAAGAAGAUUGAAUAUCUACUGAUCACAAUUGAUACUUUGUCGCCGAUGUCAUCAACAUUUCCUGGGGGUGUGAUGUGUGUGUGAAUCUAAGAUCUGAUGAGGAUAAUCUGAAUUUAGUUUUAACACAAUUUGACCAUAAAGAACUGACUUGGCUGGCACAACAACAGGCCUCAGUCCAUCUUAAACUUUUUCGACAGUGUUUGCGAAUGUGUGCAUUGUGUCUCCACUGCUGAAGAGCUUACCAAAGAGAUGGCUGUAGAACAACUCCAGCAUGAUGUCAUUGCAAAGUAUCAAUUAAAUCAGGAGGGGGGUAGUUACAUGUACACGCAGUUACAUUUACUCGACCACAGUUUGCAUAAAAUGUUACUUGAGAUAUUUUUUCUUCUUCUUAAAUACAUUUUACAGUGGGACAUACAACUAACUAGGCUACUUCAAUACAAGAUUUGGUUAAGUUUGUACAGUCCCUGACAAAAGUCUUGUCACUUAUCCAUUUUGUAGAAACAAAAGCUUAUAACCUGACUUUAAAUUAAGCGAUUCGUUUUAGAAAUGUCUCAUAUGAAAGCUAAAACCCAUCCCAAAUUAUGCUCAGUAUACUAAAAUAAAUUUGCUUCACUAAAGAAAGAUUGAUCAAUGAACACAGAAAGGUCAGAUUUUGGCAAGACAAAACUUUUGUCGCCUACAGAAAAUUGAACAAAUAAUUUACUUCAAAUACAAAAAUAUGUUGCAUAACGUCAGUGAAUUAAGUAGUGGUGCUGGGAGAUCCAUAUUUAAUAUCUUUUAUGACUUCCAUGAGCUUGAAGGACUGCAUCCAUAUGGUUCAACAAUGAUUCAUACAAUUUGUUGAUGAAGUCAUCAGGAAUAGCAAAGAAAGCAGUCUUACAUGCCUCCCAGAGUUCAUCAAGAUUCUUUGGUUUUGCCUUCCAUGCUUCCUCUUUCAUUCUACCCCAGACAUGCUCAAUGGUGUUCAUGUCUGGUGACUGGGCUGGCCAGUCCUGGAGCACCUUGAUCUCCUUCGCCUUGAGAAACUUUGAUGUAGAGAUAGAAGUAUGCGAUGGAGCACCAUCCUGCUGCAAAAUUUGACCCCUUUUAUGGUUGGGAAUGUAAGAGGUAGCUAAUACUUCUUGAUAUUUUAGGCUAUUGAUAUUGCCUUCCACACUGCAAAUGUCUCACACACCCCCAUACUGGAUGUAACCCCAGACCAUGAUUUUUCCACCACCAAAUUUAACUGUUUUCUGGGUGAAUCUUGGAUCCAUGCGGGCUCCAGUAGGUCUCCUGCAAUAUUUGCGGCAGCUGUGAUGUAAAUCAACAGAGGAUUCAUCUGAGAAAUCCACCUUCUGCCACUUUUCCAGUGUCCAUCCUUUUAGCAGGCUGUGGGCCUUGGCAAAUGCCACACGGUUUUUUAAUUGCCUUUUGUUUAGUGCUGGUUUCUGUGCACUGAUUCAACCAUGGAGGCCAUUUCGAGACAGAAUUCUACAAACUGUUCUGGUUGACACAGGGACUUGAGGUGACCAGGCCUGGUGGAGUCUGCUGCAGUGGAAAAGGGGCUGGCCUUGGAUUUUCGAAUCAACAAACGGUCCUCCCGAGCAGUUGUCUUGCGGGGUCUGCCAGACUUGGGCUUGUCAAAAACAUCUCCAGUCAUUUCAGAUCUUUUUCUUAUUCUUUGUACUUGACGCUGAGACACAUUGAAGGUGUCAGCCAGCUCAGCAGUGGAUCUGGUCUUCAGCCUCUUGAUAAUUAACGCUUUGGUCUCAGGGUGGAUCUUAGGCAUGUUGUCAGAGGUCAAGUUGCACUUGAUGUGAAGGUCUGGUGUGCUGGGGUUCUUUUUAUACACAAACACUAACUGAUUGAUCAGUAACUGAUCACAGGUGAGGCUGUAAUCUAGGAUUGGGUGCAUCAUAUGACAAGGACAGAGAUGUGCAACUUUCCAAAUCUUUAUCAUAUGUUCUUCGUCAUGGAGCCUAUCAGAUGGGGUUUCAAAUGAGUAAAGAUGGAUUCCUGUAUGUGGAGGAUCUUCUGGCUCACCCUCAGUUUCGCUCCUGGUGUUUGGAUGAUGUGAAAAGAGUUGUAGAGUCAAAUGAUAAGCAACGAUUCAAACUGCAGCCACAUGCAGAUAACGGGCGCUUGCAAAUCCGCGCUAAUCAAGGCCAUUCUUUGCAGGUGAAAGAUCUUGAGCUCAAGCCUGUUCUGGCUGGUUCCCCAGACUGUCCUCCUGAGGCUGUCCAUGGUUCUUUUCUCAGAAACUGGACCGCUAUACAGCAACAUGGUCUCAGCAGGAUGAAGAGGACUCAUAUUCAUCUGGCACCAGGUCUUCCAGGAGAGGAGGGUGUUAUUAGCGGUAUGAGAAAAGACUGUGACUUGGCUAUUUUCAUUGAUGUCACUAAAGCUCUGUCUGAUGGUAUUCAGUUCUUUUGGUCAGAUAAUGGCGUGUUGUUAACACCUGGGGACACGGAGGGAAAACUUCUACCUAAAUACUUCAGUUGUGCUUUAAGGCUGAAGCCUACAAGGGCCAUGCUUCCAUUACAUUAAACUGAGCUGACUAAUAACUAUUGUCUGUGCAAACUGGUUGUACUUCCCAAAAGUGCUGUGUGCGAGGCAAGAUAAUUGACUGGAAAUGUCCUCUUUAAAAAUGCCUGAUACUGCCUAGCAUUAUCUUACAGGAACCAUGAAAUGAACAGUGAGACAUUUUACUAUUUUAAUUCAUAUGCACCGUAUGUUCAUGUUUACAGUUUAAUAACAAACACACACAAUAUCAUAUACUUGCACAAUAGUAAUAAUAAACGAAUGGAAAGUUAA